GCAGCGGCCAGCGGGGGGGACCCGGCGCCUGCGUGUCCCUGCCGUGCCGUGCCGUGCCGGGGCUAUGCUGAGGCCGGAGGUGGCUGGGUCCUACCAGGAGCUGAGUGAAGAUGUGGAGCGAAUAUCUGAAAACCCAGCAGAGGAGAGAGGAGGAGAGAUGGGAGUUCAUGAAGAUGCCAGCUCUGUUAUUUUACCAGAUAGUGAACUGGGUACCAGUGCCCCUUCUUUGCGUUUCAGCAAGACCUGCCUAAAGAAUGUUUUUUCAGUAAUUCUCCUGUUUAUUUAUCUGCUACUCAUGGCUGUAGCUGUAUUCCUUGUCUACCAAACCAUCAGUGACUUCAGGGAGAAGCUCAAGCACCCCGUGAUGUCUGUCUCUUACAAAGAAGUGUCCUUGUACGAUGCACCUGGUAUUGCCUUUUACCCAGGCAAGGCUCGGCUGCUUAGCUGCAAGCAUCAUUACUAUGAUCACAUUCCGCCUCUGAUAAAUCCAGGCCAGCAAGGAAAAAUUGAGUGCACCACUCGGAGAAUCAACUACACAGAUCCUUUUACUAAUCAAACAAUGAAGUAUGCUUUGGUUGUUCAAGGCCCUCGUGAUGUGAAGAAAAAGGAACUGGUAUUUUUGCAGUUUCAUUUAAAUGAAACAGACCAAGAUUUUAGUGCCAUUGACUACCUUCUGUUUUCUUCUUUCCAAGAGUUCAUCAACAGUCCAGAAAAAGCAGAAUUCAUGAAGGACUGUGAAAGUUCAUACUCCAGCUGGAAGUUUUCCGGAGGCUUUCGAACUUGGGUCAAGAUGUCCUUGGUGAAAACAAAGGAAGAAGAUGGUAGUGAGACUGUUGAAUUCAAACAAGAGACUAGUGUGGUUAACUAUAUUGACCAGAGGACUAAACCAAGAAGUGACCAGCUGUUUUUUGUCGUCUUUGAAUGGAAAGAUCCUUUUAUACAGACUGUGCAAGAUCCACUGUGAUUUACAAGUAGGGGAAGCCUGUUUUAGGACCUUCUGGCUUGGGUGGUGACCUAGUGACACCGCACUUGUGCUGGCCAUCAUCAGUGCUGCAGACCCCGUGGCGAAUCUGAAAGCUGUGUUACUUUAUUGCUGCCUAAGCCUGGAUCUGCCUGCUUCAUCUCGAGAUCCUAGAAGCCAUCGUUGAGCCUAGGGGUGCAAGGAGAAUUGCAAACUAUAAAUAAGCUUAACUACUUUUGAACCAAAUAUAGUUAAAAAUAGAAACAUAAAAUACUUGCUGCAAUUCUACAGAAACAGUUGCCGCUGUCAAAACCUGGUUUGGCAUUACAAUGCUGUCUUGUUAAAGCUUUCCAGCAGUUGCUUCUUUUAGGUUUAUCUUUUGGAAUAUCAUCUUUCAUGUGACUGCUUGUUUUUGUAAAUCUUUAAAUAACAUAGUAAAUGUAAUCCUUAUGGUUAAAUUAGCAGUUUCAUAAUUAUCUCCAACACUUUAAACAAUUUACCAUGCUGAAAUAGUCUAAAAGGAAUUUAGCAGCUAGUAUAGGCAUCUCCUGGGAUCUGUGCGUUUCCUUUCUCACAGAAGGAAUCGGAAAAAUCGUAGAGCAAGGCAGAUGUGUGGCAAAGGCACGAACUCCAGGCCUGCUGUGCAGCAUGAAGGCAUGUGCCACAAAACACUUCCGUUAGAAGAAGAGAAUUGUUUGUUAAUGCAUAGGUAUAAUAUGUACCAAGUCAGAGGAGGGGAAUAAUAUUUUUAAUCUCUUUCAGAUAAUCACAGCAAAUCCGUGGAACAUGAUUGCUCUUCUCUGUGGCAUCUUUUUGGCUCUGUUUAAGGCAGCAGACUUUGCUAAGUUAAGUGUUAAGUGGAUGAUCAAAAUCCGAAAGAGACAUCUGAAGAGGAGAAGUCAAGCAAUGAACCACAUAAGCUGAGACUGACUGCCUCUUAACUAUUCAUAGCAGAAGGGACAGAAAAUAACUGGAAUGAACUUCAUUCAGCGAGACAGCAGUUAAAGAUAUAAACCAGGUAUGUUUUCUUCAGGAAAAACACAGCUGCUGGAGUUAACAGCCUAGUGAACUGACGUUUGAACUUCAGAAAAGAGCUAACUCUAGGCAGGGCUAACAAACUCAUGCUUUUCUAUUCCAUAUUUAACAAGCUUACCUCAAUGUAUGAGGGGAGUGGGGAGAGAGGAGAAAAUUCACUAAUAUGCUGUAGCAGUUAAAUUCUUUAUAUAAAAAAAAAAGACACUUUUGAAUGCUUCUCAGAACAGGAAGCUAUUUAACGUCUGCAUGAGCUGUGAUCUGCAUCUGCUACCAGAAUGCAGUUACUACUUUGACUGUUUAGUGGAAGGGAAAGCCCAUGCAAAAAAAUGGUCUGGCCUCCCCUCUCCAAAGAGCGUGUUGAAACAAAAUACACUGGAAUUCUAUUACAUGUCAUUUUUGAUUUAAAGUGUAUUGACUUUAAUAUUAAAACAAACAAACACAUUCGAAUAA